GACAGAUGAGGUGUGAAGCAGGGGGGUCCGUAGUGAGGGAGAUGGCGGCGGCGGUAGCACCCGGGCGAGGUUGGCGGCUGUUGGACCGCGUGUGUGUGUUGCUGCGGCGCGGCAGCAGUUCGGAGAGCGGGGAAGAGGCGGUGCUCGAGGGGCAGCACUUGGCCGACAUCGUCCGGCAGCUGAAGGGGCAGCGGCUGCUACAGACCGAGAACCUGUCUGAUGUGGGAGCUCUGAUUGGCAUCAGCAACACCCGGCUCGCCUCCAUCAGGACCAGGUUUGAAGGUGUUUGCCUGCUGGCACUGUUGGUGGCUGACAGCCCCACUGACGUAUUCCAGGACCAAUGCAUCUCCUGGCUUCGGGCAGUGCAGCACAUCAUCCAAUCCCAGGAUCCUCAGACAACAGUGGAGCUGGCGGUCUGGGUACUGCACGACCUGCUGAGGUAUUCAUCCCAGCUUCCCGAGCUGGCCCGGGAGGUGUCCAUGAACCACAUCCCCAGCCUGGUAACCUCACUGCUGGCGCUGAAGCCCGAGUGCCAUGUUGCUGCCAUGGACGGGAUAAAGACCUGCAUGACCUUCUACUCUCGGGCCUGUGGAUCGCUGAGGGGCAAGUUGGCUGCUUAUUUUCUCAGUAAGCUGGAUUCUGCAAGUCCACACGUACAAGAGCUGGCCUGCCAAUGUUAUGUUUUGUUGCCGGGUCUUGGCACCGGUUUCGCUCAGGGCAUGAAGUACACAGAGUCCUGGAGUCAGCAGUUGCACUGCCUUCUGGCCACGCUACAUAGCCUGGUGGGGGAGAUGUAUGCGGAGAUGGAAACAGACCCUGUUUGCUAUGAGGGACCUGGAGUUGACCUGCCCCUGUCCCUGCUCUGUGACACUGACCCCUUCCACGUGCUGCGGGUGAGACAACGCUUCUCGGCCCUGAGCAAGUGCCUCUCUCUGUUUCUCUGUUCGGAUUUCCCAGUGCCCGUGAAGAUCCCGGUCCAGGAUGUGCUCAGCUUCAUCUGCCGAGUCUUGAACAUCUCCCCCAGGAGCAUGAGCUGGAUAGGCGAGGGACCACUGAAGCUGCUAGUCCUGCCGACAGUCCACUGUGACGCCCUUGAGAUCCUCUCUGCUCUCAUCUCUGUGUGCAAGAAGCGUCUGCUGCGUUUUGCUGAUGUCAUCUGUAGGCUCUUCCCUCAAGUCCUGACGGCAUGGGGGUCUCCCCGCGACACGGCCGUGCCCGGCCAGGAGAAAGCGUACAGCUCUGUGAGAGUGAAGGUGUACGAGGUGCUGGAAACUUGGGUGAAGGUCUGUGGGGCUUCCUCAGGCGUUCUCCAGGGCACGUUCCACCAUUCUGAUGUCCUGUUGGCUAACCUACUCAGCGAUAUCACUCCCGUGAUGGACACACUGAAGCUGCAGGGGGAGAGACCGGUGGGCAAUGGGACCCAGUCACAGAGCUAUGGCAAGCACGCCCAUAAGAAGCAGAAGCUGAUGGACCUGAGCGAGGGGUCCACCAUGCAAGGGCAGAAGAAGAGGGACCUGAGCGCCAAUAGUGAUGUCUGCUUGGCGGCACUAAGAGUCUGCAGCAGUGUGAUCCUGUCCAGCGGAAGUUUCCUGAAGGAGGAGACCCAUAAGAAGUUCCACGAGCUGGUGCUGCCCCUGCUCCUCCGCAUGCAUCAGGGCUCGACCUCCCCCAGCCCCUAUCUGCGGGCGGACUGCCGCAAGGAACUCUACCGGCUGCUGCUCUUCCUGCUCCUGGUGCCCAGCCCCAGGUGGCCACCCCCCUUGCACUGCGCUGUUCGAGCCUUCAGCCAGGGACAGAACGACGGGAAUACUGAGGUGGCAGCUUUCUGCGCUGAGGCCCUGGUGAUCUGCAACUGCGUCAUCCACCCGCGGGUGCCCCCGCUUAGGGUGUCUCUUGCCGGGACAGGGCCGGGGGCAGUGGCGGGAGUAGGGACCCCUUUCAAGCCACAACCAACGGACACACAGCCCCUCAUCGAGCAGCCCCCACCGCCCUCCUUCUCGGCUGCCCGCCUCCAGCCUUCUGGGCUCCCCUCCCUGCAGUCCCGCUUCUCUGGCCCCCCUGCCCCACCAGUCUUGGGCUUCCCCCCGCAGCUUAGCCUGGGCCCAACCCCGGUCUCUGCGGCUGAGGGCGAGGCCGAAGCAGGAGUCCCUGGGGACGAAGACGCCCUCCUGGGAGACGGCGGUCGACGGCCAGUUUUCAUCCGCUACGACAAGGAGGAAGAGUCUGAUGUUGAGAUCUCACUGGAGAGCGACUCUGAUGACAGUGUGGUCAUUGUGCCCGGCGGCCUCACUCUCGAGCGGGCAUCUCCCGAGGCCAAGAAGGAGGAGGCAGAGGAAGUGGAAAAGAUAGUUGUGGCCUCGCCACCCCCCAAUCAGCCCCAGGCACCUGCCCCACCCCUGGCUGCCCCCCCAGCUCAGCCUCCCAUAGCGGAAGAACCCAGGCCAGAGGCCCAACCUCUGGAUGAGGACCUGACUGUCAUCAACAUUAACAGCAGCGAGGACGAGGAAGGGGAAUACCCUGAGGAUGAGGAGGAUUACUAUGAGGAGGAAGAGGACGAGGAGGACUAUGAGGAUGAGGAGGACUUUGAGGAGGGGGAGCUGGAGGAGGAGGAAGAAGAGGAGGAAGAGGAAGGGGAGGAUGAGGAGGAGGAGGAUGAUGAGAUGGACUACAAGGGGUUCGAGGAGCUAGAGGAAGAGGAAGAGGAGAUAUUCAAUCGGGGCCAAGGUCCGGUGUCUGAGGAUGAGGGGCUCCUAACGGGAAUGAGCAUGCAGCUCACAGAGGCAGGCCAGCCAGAGCCUGAAACCACUCCACCAGCCGAGAACGGGACACAAGAGGCCGCUUCCCAGAGGGAUGGCGGGCAGGAGGAACCGGUGGCAGAGGUGGUGGCACCCCCAGAGCCAGGGACCGAGGAGCAAAGUCCUACGGGGAAGACUGACACCCUACCAGAGCAGAGCUCCCAGCCCACAGAGGAGGUAACAGCUGAGGCCCAGACUACCCCGGAUGAUACAGCAGAGUCGAAGGAGGAGCCCGUGCCAGAUGAGGAGAGCAAGCAGACGCCAGUUACUGAGAGCAGAGAGGAGGGAGAGCCGGAGGAAGCCGACGUAGAGGAUGGAGGACCCAUCCAGGAGCCCGAGAGGAAACCAGAGGGUGGGUCCCCAGCAGAAGUCCCAGAAGUUACAACAGCAGCUGUGGAGGGGAGCACCAGCGACCAGCCAGAGGAGAUGGAAAUGUCUGAAGAACCUGCUGAAGUCAAGGCCCCCAAGGACGAGACGGCAGCCAUGUUAGCUGACUUCAUAGACUGUCCACCGGAUGAAGAGGAUGUGGCUGAGGUCCCGGGAUCAAGCAGUUGAUUGCGUCCUGGUGUGCAGAGGACCAGAGACGACCACAGCAAACAGACUUGGAGCCCAGGUUGGCCGUGUUGAUGUGGGAACACUGCUUGUUAUAGGCUGGGGUGGGUAAGCUGGCUGUCUAGUUAUACUCCGGACUGCUACCAUGAUGCCUUGCUCUGGGUACAAGGGAUUAAGGCUAAGGUAACUCAAAAAUACAUGUGUAUGUGUAUGUCUGUGUUUUCUAUGACUUUUUAAAAAUAAAUUGUUAACGUGCCUGAACUUGAGUCUAGUGCAUGUAUUAAUAAAGAAUGUACAAUUCA